CAUCCGGUUGUGCAGCAGCCAUUUUGUCUGUUCAUGCAAGUCCACCCCUCACGGUCAAGAACUGCGUUCCCCCUUCGAAAAUAACCAGAAAUAUUGUUUUUUUUGUAUAUUAUGUGGCACUUAUACGGAUUUAAAAAUUACAAGUUCGAAGAUGCUUUUCUCUUCGAAAUAAAUAGCGUAAUUUUAGUUGUGUGCGCGAAUAAUUAAGGUUAUGUCGUGCGAGGAAAGCUACUUAGCCAUCAGACGCUAUCUGACUGAUGAGCGGGAGCCGUACGCACCAGGGACCCAUGGCAAUACUAAAAGAAAGAUUCGUAAAGCAGCCGCUUGCUAUGUCGUGCGGAAUGGCACACUGUACUACCAGAGAAGACAGAAAGGCCUGGAUGAAUUCACCGAGUUGGAAGUGGUGUUGCAGGCUGGUCGGAGGAAGGAACUUAUCGACGAGUCACACAUUGUCGCCGGAGAAGAGCACCUCAACCAGCAUCACACUUGGGAAUCCAUUUCUCAGAAGUAUUGGUGGAGAGGUAUCCUGAAGCAGGUGAAGGACUACAUGAGGCAGUGUAGCCAGUGCCAGAACAGACAGGACCGGAGAGGGCUAUCGGAGGACCGUAGCGGAUCCAGACUGGUGGGCCGACCGGGGAGACCGAGGAGGGUCACAACCCCAGCCAGUGACGAGGAGGAUGAGGAGGAGGACGACGAGAUGGACUUGGUGACUUCCAUUCAUCACAAGACCAAGAGCCCCAGGACUGUGGCUAAACACGAACUGGUCUUUGUGGACAGUAAGGGCGUGGUGAAGCAGUACCUUCCCAGACACGGUCAGACGAUGCUGGACAAGCUGAACCAGCAGCGCCUCGACAACCAGUUCUGUGACAUCACGCUGCUGAUCGAGGGGGAGGAGCACAGGGCUCACAAGGCCGUGCUGGCCGCCUGCAGCGACUACUUUAAUGAGCUGUUUAUAGAGAAGGGAGCCGUGUCCAGUCAUGAAGCGGUGGUCGACCUCUCAGGUUUCAGCAAGGUCAGUUUCCUCCCCCUGCUAGAGUUUGCGUACACCUCCAACCUCUGCUUCAACUUCUGUGUGAUGGCCGACGUUGCCACGCUGGCCCGACACCUUCUGAUGGCCGAGGUCCUUCAGAUCUGUGAGUCCGUCCACAAGAAGGUAGAGGAGCAGAAGAUGAUGGUCUACCAGCAAGGAGACAUCCACACGGUGGUGUCCAGCCAGCCUGCACCCCAACAGGCCCCGAAUGAAGAACCCGGGGCCUACAUUAUGACCAUCGGGAGCGACGGCCAUGCCGUGGUGUCCAGCCAGCCUGCACCCCAACAGGCCCCGAAUGAAGACCCCGGGGCCUACAUUAUGACCAUCGGGAACGACGGCCAUGCCGUGGUGACUCAUACUGGGCUCGCUGGAGCAGGGGAUGACCUGGACUCCUUGGCCCACACAGCAGAGGCCUUCAGAGGGGAUCUGACAUCUGUAGUCACCCAGGCUCUGGGAGGUGAACCAGAGGAGACUAUGACCGUGGUUGGGGAGGCUGGGUCAGAGACGGUGACUCUAGUCACCCACAGCGGCCAGGCCCGGGUAGGCGAGUCCGUCACCCUCAUCUCCCCUACUGGAGAGGCAGAGACCAUGACAGUGGUCACCCACAGCGGCCAGGCCCGGGUAGGCGAGUCUGUCACCCUCUUCUCCCCUACUGGAGAGGCAGAGACCAUGACAGUGGUGACCCACAGCGGCCAGGCCGGAGCCAGUGAGUCCCUGGCCGUGGUGUCAGCCUGUCUGGCCCUGGAGCAGCAGCAGCAUGAUGAAGGGGACGAGGGGGAUGGGGACUCCCUCUCCAUGGAACCAGGGGCCUUCCUCAUCAGCGUGGACCCAGGGAAGGUGGCUCCUACUGAGGUGGUCCGUCUGGCUGUAGCGCCACCUGUAGUCCAGGAGGACCCAACGCCCCAGGAGGAGGAGACGUCAGCGCACCAGGCGGUGGAUUCAGCACCCCAGGUCGAACCACAGCCUCCCGCUGCUCCCCAACCCCCUAAGAGGAAGAGAGGACGUCCUGCCAAGGUGAAGCAGGAGGUGAUCGAGGAGCCAGAGUCUCCUGUCGAGGAGGAGGUGGUGCCAGAGCCGGUCUCUACUCCUGCAGAGGAGGUUCAGAGGACCCAUGACCCCUAUAAGAGACGACUACGACAGCGCUCCAUGGGGGAGGGGGGGUACGUCAGGCUACACAUGGGGCUGGAGGAGGACAGAGAGGACAAGAAGGGAGCCCAGACCCCACAGCGUCCCAGCACCCCCAAGAAGAGGGGUCGACCCGCCAAGAGACUAGUUGAAGAGAUGGAAGCUGCGGUGGCUGGGAUGGAGAAUGUUGUCCAGACAGAGACUGAGGGCGUCCUAUCACCAGACGGCAUUGUAGACGGAGCACCUAUCACAGAGCAGCCUGUGGGGGAGGGGCCAGAGCCGGGUCAAGGCCCCGCCCAGCCAGAUGGAGGGAGUGAGGUGGAGGGAGAACACACCUGUUCAGAGUGCGGCCUGUCGUUUCACCGACGCUACGCUCUCAUCAUGCACACACUCAAACACGAGAAGACCAGAGGAUACAAGUGUACUUUAUGUAACAAGGAGUUUCAGUACGCGGCCUCUCUGAGGGCCCAUCUGGCCCGACACAAGCACCAGAAGAGUCAGAGGCCCAACCUGGUCAGGGUCCCCCAGCCCCACGGUGAAGAGGGCCUCGAGGGGGACGUCAGGGCCAAGGGACGCACCAAGAGAGAGUUUGUCUGUGACAUCUGUGGAAAGACUCUUCCUAAGCUGUAUUCUCUGAGGAUCCACAUGCUGAACCACACGGGGGUGCGGCCCCACUCCUGCAAGGUCUGUGGGAAGACGUUUGCUCAUAAACACAGCCUGAAGAUGCACAGAGCUCUGCACGACGCUGCUAAACAGUUCCACUGUCUGCUCUGUGACAAGUCCUUCGUUAGUAAGAGAAGUCUGGAGGAACACACCAGUAUUCACACAGGUGAAUCUAAGUAUCUCUGUACCCAGUGUGGGAGGUCGUUCCACCGAGCGUCCGGUCUGAGUAAACACUUAAAGAGACACCAGCCCAGACCGGACGUACGAGGGUUCCCCUGUAGUCACUGUGAUAAGAGUUUCUUUGAGGCCAAAGACCUGCAGCAGCACAUGAACAAACACCUGGGACUCAAACCCUUCCAGUGUCAGGUAUGUGGGAAGUGUUACAGCUGGAAGAAGGACUGGUAUUCCCAUGUGAAGUCCCACAGUGUGGCAGAGCCUUACAAGUGUAAUGUCUGUGGUAAGGAGUUCUUUGAGAAGGCUCUGUUCAGGAGACACGUGAAGAAGGCCACGCACGGAAAGAAGGGCCGAGUGAAACAGAACCUGGAGAGAGAGUGUGAACACUGUGGCAGGAAGUUCACCCAGCUCAGAGAGUACAGACGACACAUGAACAACCACCAGGGAGUCAAACCCUUCGAGUGCCUGACGUGCGGCGUAGCCUGGGCCGACGCCCGCUCUCUGAAGAGACACGUACGUACCCACACUGGUGAGCGCCCUUACGUGUGCCCCGAGUGCCAGGAGGCCCACAUCGAUGCCCGCUCCCUACGGAAGCACAUGACCAAGUACCACGGCGACCUCCUGCCGGGGAAGAUCAUGCUGGAGAAAGAUACUCUACAGUUUCACAAUCAGGGUACUCAGGUCGAACACGCCGUCUCCAUCCUGGCGUCCGAUCUCCCCCCCGAGCUCCGGCCCGUCCAGCCGCCGCCGGCCGAGGAGAUCGAGACGGUGCUGAUCACGGAGGAGACUGUGGAGGCGGUAGAAGCGGUUCAGGCCGUUCAGGGCGACGGGGUCGCGACCUUGUCGGACCAGAGCAUAAUGCAGGUGGUGAACUAUGUGUUGUCUCAGCAGAGUGUACUGCCUGGGGGGGUGAAGAUGGAGGAGCAGGAGGUUAUACAGACCAUGGAGGUGGUACACAUGGCAGAGGUGGAGUGAUGUGACAGACCAGGCGGAGUGAUGUGACAGACCAGGCGGAGUGACGUGACAGACCAGGCGGAGUGACGUGACAGACCAGGCGGCGGGACGUGACAGACCAGGCGGCGGGACGUGACAGACCAGGCGGCGGGACGUGACAGACCAGGCGGCGGGACGUGACAGACCAGGCGGCGGGACGUGACAGACCAGGCGGCGGGACGUGACAGACCAGGCGGCGGGACGUGACAGACCAGGCGGCGGGACGUGACAGACCAGGCGGCGGGACGUGACAGACCAGGCGGCGGGACGUGACAGACCAGGCGGCGGGACGUGACAGACCAGGCGGCGGGACGUGACAGACCAGGCGGCGGGACGUGACAGACCAGGCGGCGGGACGUGACAGACCAGGCGGCGGGACGUGACAGACCAGGCGGAGUGACGUGACAGACCAGGCGGCGGGACGUGACAGACCAGGCGGCGGGACGUGACAGACCAGGCGGCGGGACGUGACAGACCAGGCGGCGGGACGUGACAGACCAGGCGGCGGGACGUGACAGACCAGGCGGCGUGACGUGACAGACCAGGCGGCGGGACGUGACAGACCAGGCGGCGGGACGUGACAGACCAGGCGGCGUGACGUGACAGACCAGGCGGCGUGACGUGACAGACCAGGCGGCGUGACGUGACAGACCAGGCGGCGGGACGUGACAGACCAGGCGGCGUGACGUGACAGACCAGGCGGCGUGACGUGACAGACCACCUAGUGGACAGGAAGAAUGACUCGCAUAGUCACUAGUAUCCCUAACACUGAACCAGGUGGAAAGCCGAAGUGACUCUAGUAUCCCUAACCUAUCAGAACCCAGGUGGACAGGUUGAGUGACAGGUAGACUGAACACAGGCCUAUUCCACUCUGUCCUGAGGUGGAGGAACAGGGAAUCUGUCAGAGACCUGGGUGGUGUUCAGUAGGGACACACUGUAGCAAAGCAUUCUGCAAUGCAAAACAAUGUGUUCUUAUUAGACAAAUUCAGGUACUGUUCCCUUGUUUUUCCCCAAUUGAACAGACCCCUCUGUCUACAGUGGGACAGAAGGUACAACGUUGACAAUUUUUUUUACUGAAUAUAUAUAUAUAUAUACAUUGAACGAACUGAAUUGAUUUAAAGCUCAAUCCAAUCUUGUGUGUAAAUAGUGGCAGUCAUUAAAAAUAUUCUGUAUUAAUCUGGAUCAAUUUGCUGUAUUCAUGAAUCUCAGAUGUUUUAUUAAAUUAUAAAAGAAUCCAGACUUUA